AUGGAAAAAGAAAAUGAAUUGGUAACAUCGCUAUUGGAAUUUUUACAUGAAGAUCAUCCAAAUGUACGCCAAAUUGCGCUUAACAAAUUAUUGAUGUACAGUGUUAGUACCUCCAAGUUUCAACACUUAUUCAAACGUGAUAAUAUGAGACCAAUAAAAGAUUUAGUAAAGCUUUGUAAUGAUAGUGACACAGUCACCGCUAAUGAUGCUUAUAAAGCUCUCGUUAACCUUACCAUCAAUGAAGAGAUUCGUAAGAAUUUCAAUGAUGAAGUCUUUCUAAAAUAUUUAAUAAAGACGAUAACGAAUCGAGAUGCAGUCCUCGCCGAUAUGGCAUGUAUGCUUCUAUCAAACGUUACAAAAGAUGAAGAAAUUGCUGCAAAACUUUUGUCUUUGAAGGUUCGACCGGUAAAAGAUUUGUCCAACUCAUCACAAGCGAUUGACCAAUUGGCUGAUGUUUUCGUCCGAGGUUUAGAUAAGAAAUACAACAAGAAAGCAGAAUUUCAUUUUUUGGCUAGCGUAUUCGCGGAUAUGGCGAUGAUAGCUCAAGGUCGAGAAUUUUUUUUGAACAGUGCAUCAUCAUACGAUAAAGUAGCACCAUUAUCAAAGCUGAUAGUUUUCACUGAACAUCCCAACAUAAUUCGAAGAGGUGGCGUCGUGUCUUGUAUCAAAAAUUGUUGUUUUGCAACGGAUUUUCACCUUGAUAUGUUGUCAGAGGAUAAGAUAAAUGUGCUGCCAUAUAUCCUUUUGCCUUUAUGCGGACCCGAAGAAUUCGAUAAUGAUGAUAUGGAAGGAAUGCCAGAUGAUAUUCAAUUCUUGCCUCCUAAUAAGAAACGCGAACCUGAUUCGCACCUUAAACGAACCUUGUUAGAAUCCAUCGUACUCUUAACAUCAACUAGACAAGGACGUGAUAUACUUCGAAAGAAGAAAGUUUAUCCAGUGCUCCGACAAAUGCAUCUCGUAGAAAACGAUGAACAAGUUGGAGAUGUUAUAGAACAGAUUGUUAAUAUGAUUAUGAGAGAUGAGGCACCUGACGAUCGAGAUCAUGAUGAUUAUAAAAUCAUAGAAAUUUAA